AUGGGAGACAGUGGCGCCCACAGGCGCACUCCGCCAUUGGAGCUUGCGGAUGAGCGGUACCAGGCACCGUUCCAAAUGCGCAAGUCCAAAUCAGAGCUGAGUUACGCAGGUGGGCAGCCAAGCUCGCACUCGUCUUUUUUUGACGACAAGGAGCUGCGGGAUGCCGAGGCGUACGUGCAAGGAAACGAGCAUGACGCUAAUCUCGCUUCUACAUCCGUGCACGCCAAUACCUCAAUGCGCGUACGCAAGCGCCGAGAUAGUCAGGUCGGGAGUUAUGACAACCAGAAUGCAGUGUUCGACGGCCCAGCCGCAGAAAUUGUACCGAGUUCUGUGUCGAGUAUGCACCACGUUAUGUCGCGCCCAAGCUUCCAGACAUAUUCGAGGCGCCAGCGUGAGCGCCACAUGGCCAGGUCGCAGUCGCAUGGAUCUCAAUAUAGCCGCUCUGGACGCGACCGCUCGCCCUUCAGUGAUCGAACGCAAGAUUCGAAUUCACACAGCGCUCUUUCCUACAGCAAACGCGCCUAUACACGCAAAGUGCCUUAUACAGAUGACGAUGCACACCUUGGCCGUUCUGGCACGGGUCCAAGCAUUAUCGGGUCGCUCUUCGCGCCGUUCCGCGGGAGUGAGGCCGACGAUAUCGCAAGCAGUUCGCACCACUCAUCGCGCUGGCAGGGAUCGUUGGAUGGGGAUAGCUACGAUGAAGAUAUGGAGCUCCUUGACGAUAACCAGAAUGCCGAACAGCUUGAAGAUGAGGCGCUUUUCGACGAUGGUUUGCACGACGAACAUGGCAGCGAUCGGUCGAGCACAAGCAGCCGUCGCCACGGCUCUCCUACAAAUCGGUUCAUCCCUUCUGUGUUUGGAAAUGACAAUAAUUACUUUGAUAAUACGUCCUCGGCAUUCUACGGCCAUGAAGAGUUCGACGAAGCGCCGUUUGACGAUCCUGCCAUCGGUGCCAAGCCUACCCACUUGAAGGACUAUCCGGAUGGCAUGUCCCUUCUUGACAGCCAGCACGAGCUGGCUGAGCCUGUUGCAUUAGACCAUACUGCGGAAGAGGCGCAGCGAUAUUCGAUUUGGCUAGACAAGACAUGCCGUUCCCGGCAGCAAAUCUACUUGACCGACGAGGAUAUGCUGAUUCGUAUUACUGGCUACCGUACGAGGCGUGUGCAAGCUUUUCUGUUCACCUUGGCGUCCUUCUUGUCGCUCGGCAUUGUGGCGCUGCUCGCACUCUGGCUUCCCAAGUGGAAGAUGCGCCACAUUUUGGAGGUGGUCGAUUUUGCGGACGCAGAGUACGUCGUGGUGGAGAACCAGUAUGGGGACGUGAGCGAAGAAACCUAUAUCCACAUUCCGUUCCUGCGCCCGCUCAAAUCCGUAUUUCCGCCAAGUUCCAUGGACCCGCCGUGCACCUAUGCCCAGUUCCAAGCGAUGCAGCAGGAACCUAUUUCAGAACAAUCGCCGGAAGCCGGCGAGGCGAUUGUCGAUCUGAUCAUGUUUGAAUACAGAUAUGCGCGUUUCGCGCUGCACCCUCCUUCUGGACGUUUCCGCCUAAUCAUCGACUGGCGCGACACGACGUGGAAUUCCGUUGCAAGGAUGCGCCAAGGCCUCAAGUCUGACUUGGAACGCGAGCGCGAGCAAAUUUUUGGGCCCAACGUGAUUGAAAUCGCGGCCAAGUCGACGUGGGAACUGCUUGUGGGCGAGGUCUUGCACCCAUUUUACAUCUUCCAAAUCGUCUCCAUUCUUUUGUGGAGCUUGGACGACUAUUACUAUUAUGCAUUCUGCAUUGCGCUCAUCUCGAUUGGGAGCAUUGUCUCCACACUUGUCGAGACCAAGCGGACGAUUUCUCGUUUGCGCAACAUGAGCCGCUUCGUGUGCCCUGUGCGUGUCCUUCGCGACGGUAUGUGGGUCAUGGCGGAUAGCAGCGAACUGGUUCCUGGCGAUGUCUAUGACGCCGCGGAUGCUGGCCUGACCAUUAUUCCCGCCGACAGCCUGCUCCUCUCUGGAGACGCAAUUGUGAACGAAAGCAUGCUCACUGGGGAGAGUGUUCCUGUCAGCAAACAGCCGAUGACGGACGCAGAAGUACACACGCUGCAAACCACGCACCUGAACUUGGCUGCGCAGCUCGGCAAGCACUUUUUGUUUGCAGGGACCAAGGUGGUUCGCAUCCGUCCUUCACUCGGCGGCACCGGCACGGACGAUACGUCAGCCAAAGCAUUGGUUCUGUGCACUGGCUUCCACACCACAAAAGGUUCUUUGGUCCGCGGGAUGCUUUUUCCCAAGCCUAUGGGCUUUAAGUUCUACCGCGACUCGUUCCGGUUCAUUGGGUUGCUGGGUGUGAUUGCUUUUGUCGGCCUCUGUUUUAACACGGUCAACUUUGUAAAGCUCGGUAUCACAUGGAGCACGCUGCUUCUCCGCGUACUGGAUCUGGUCACGGUCGUCGUGCCUCCUGCACUGCCUGCGACGAUGAGCAUCGGUACUGCGUUUGCCAUUGUUCGACUGCGCAUGCAAGGCAUCUUUUGUAUUUCGCCCUCACGUGUCAAUGUCGGCGGGAAGGUGAAUGUCGUUUGCUUUGACAAGACCGGUACAUUGACGGAGGAUGGACUGGAUGUGCUGGGUACGCGCACGGUCGACUCCAGAACGAUGCAGUUCAGCGAGCUGCACCAGGAGACGGACGAGAUUCCCACGCUUUCGCGGGACCCUGCGGACCCCGCGCACCGCAAUCUGAUUCUCCUGCACGCAUUGGCUACGUGCCACAGCCUCAAGGUUGUGCGCGGCGAGAUUAUCGGGGACCCGCUGGACGUAAAGAUGUUUGAGUUUACAGGCUGGACGGUUGACGAGGGCGAUCAAGUUCAGCGCGCCCAAAACGCGACAGCGGCACAAGAAUCGGAGCGACCGCCGGCGCUGGUACAGACCGUUGUGCGCCCCAAAGACGGCUUUGCAUUCAACGCGGAAGAACUCGUGCGCCCACGCCAUGUCCACUUUUUGGAACUCGGUGUGAUUCGCACGUUUGACUUUGUCUCGGCACUGCGCCGUAUGAGCGUCAUUGUGAAGCAGCUUCACGGAAACUCUAUGGAAGUGUAUGUAAAGGGCGCGCCGGAAGCGCUUGUGGACAUUUGCGAAAAGUCGAGCUUGCCAAAAGACUUUGACGACUUGCUCUCGUACUAUACGCAGCAUGGCUACCGUGUGAUUGCGUGUGCGGGCAAGUCGAUCCCAAACAUGACGUGGGUAGAAGCGCAGCGCAUACCGCGCGAGCACGCAGAAAGCAAUUUGCACUUCCUUGGGCUGGUCAUCUUUGAAAACAAGCUCAAGCCGGACUCGGCGCCGGCGAUUGCGACGCUGCGCAGCGCCAAUAUUGGCUGCAAGAUGGUCACGGGCGAUAAUCCGUGCACGGCGGUGAGCGUCGCGCGCGAAUGCGGCAUCUUGGGACAGUCUACGUCCGUGUAUAUCCCCACCUUUGUCCAGGGCAGCGCCCAACUUCCCAACGAUGUGGUGCUCAACUGGACCAAUACCGACAACGACCGGCUCCAUCUGAACCCCGAUACGCUCAAGCCAGCCUACACAGACCCCCUCGCGACGGACAUGGGCGAUCUGCGCGCUCAUGAAUACGAACUGGCACUCACGGGCGAUGUUUUCCGCUGGAUGACGGACUAUGCACCGAUCGAGAUUGUGCGCCGCAUGCUGAUUAAAGGCACAAUUUUUGCGCGCAUGUCGCCCGACGAAAAGCACGACUUGGUGGACCGCUUGCAGGAUCUGGGGUACACAGUGGCCAUGUGUGGUGAUGGCGCUAACGACUGUGGUGCGCUAAAGGCCGCCGACAUUGGCAUCUCGCUCUCCGAUGCAGAAGCGUCGGUCGCCGCGCCCUUCACCUCGACUCGGCCCAAUAUCUCGUGUGUGAUUGAGGUGAUUAAGGAGGGCCGCGCUGCGCUGGUGACUAGUUUCAGUUGCUUUAAAUACAUGGCACUGUACAGUCUGAUCCAGUUUACCAGCAUCACCAUCCUGUACAACCUCGCAAGCAGCCUGGGCGAUUUCCAGUUUCUCUACAUCGACCUGUUCAUCAUUUUGCCCGUCGCCGUCGCUAUGGCCCGCACACUGCCCUAUCCUGUGCUGCAUACCAAGCGACCAACGGCAAAUCUUGUGUCUAAAAAGGUGAUCAUUUCAAUGCUCACGCAGGUACUGAUCAACUCUGCCUUCCAACUGUUCACGUUUUGGCUCACAAAGAAGCAGGAGUGGUAUGAGCCCCCUGCAAUCGAUCCGGACGAGUUGAACGUGGUCAACGCGGAAAACUCCGCCGUGUUCAUCGUCUCCUCUUUCCAGUACAUCAUGGUCGCCGCCGUGUUUAGUGUCGGGCCGCCUUUCCGCAAUCCGAUCUACAAGAAUCCAAUGCUCUUGCUCUCGCUCCUGAUCCUCACGUGCUUCUCGACAUUUUUCCUGUUUGUCGACAGCGGCUUCUUCUUCAAUCUCUUGGGCUUGGUACACUUUCCCUCGUCAUUCCAUUGGACAUUGUUUGUCAUCGUCCUCGUGAAUGCCGCGAUGAGCUUUUUGUACGAGACGUAUCUGAUGGCACCGACACUUCAACUUGUAAAGUUGCUCCUCCGAAUUCACCGUGGGAGGCGCAAUGACAAGUCGAGGAUACAGAGCAAGACAUACAAGGUGGUGCUUUCUUCGCUAAAUGACCCGGCAGUGGCGUAG